AUGGACCACACCAGCCUUCUUGUGAAAGCGAAACAACAUCAACGAAAGGCUCUCAAAGAGUCUGAGACAAUUUCUACACAACUACAGCAUUUUGUAGAAACUGCUAUCAGGCACAACUCUCGCAAUGAUGUCAAUGGCUCCACUCUUCUCGAUAAAAUCACUACUAUCCACCUCCUUGAUAAGGAGAUCAAUAAUCAGCUAAACAACGAUAUAGCUGUGAACUUUGAACGGCUCUCCACGAGCAAAGCAGAUCUUGAGAGGGCCAUAAGGCGAACCAAAAGACGUCUCGAAGGAGAGCCCGACAUGGUACUGAGUUUCCAGUCUUGUGCUGAGCGUAUAGACCAGGACCUACGGAUUCUCAAACAGACUCUUCAUAUAGUUGAGCAUAACCAAGACAAGAAGUGA